AAACAAAGGAAGUUAAAAAUUUCGAAAAUCUCCAGAGGAUAUUCCUUCACUCUGGUGUGGAAUUUCAGAAUGUCUCUAUGCCGUAUCAGAAAAUCGGCAUGACGGAAAUAUGCUUCUUUUACAAAGGCAUCACUCUCGCAGACCCUUUCCUUGAUAGUUUGAAGAACUGUUUGACUGGAUAUCAACAGGCAAUUCUUCCUGCACCAGCCACUUCAGUGUACUGCCGUGAAGAUCAAAUUCAACUCAUGCUAGAGAUUCAACGCCUCUUUCUUCAUUACCAGAAGGCGAAUGGAUCCAUGAAUGUGAAGUUCGUAGCAGCAGAAGCGGCUCAGCUCCAACAACCUUAUAUGAUCAUGCUCUCACAAGGAAGAGGAGAAAUUCCCCCUCAAGUCUUCAUCCCUCCAGCAGAACCGUCAAAUGUCCGAGUUCAGCUUUCGCUCGAUAGAAAAGGCAUCGAAGUGCAGUGGAAUAAACCGACUAUCGGAUGCGAUUACAUCGACAAGUUUCUUGUAUGGGUCAAGGGCUGGAGUGACCCUACAGGACAGUGGAAGUUUGGCACAUCUGUGGCAUCACCACCUGCAAUAAUACUAGGCCUUAUUCCUGGAGAGAGAUAUCUUUUUGCGGUAACUGCUUCCAGCCGUCUCGGUGUUGGGCCACCAAGUCGGACAAUCAGCUGUGACAUCCCAAUAAUUUCAGGAAUAAAUGAGCCGUCAAUUUCCGAGACGUCAAAGGAGUUGUCGCUGGCUCAAAAGAUGAAGAAGAAGUGGAAGUUAUCUGGCAGGAUCAUUCAGGUCCCUCGGAAGAAAGUGAUGGAAGAUAAAAAACGUCGAUUGGCCAAGUUUGAAAUAGGCAACAGGACGCUGGGUAGUGGACCGACGAAAGUACUUCUACUCGUUGGAGCCACGGGUGCAGGAAAGAGAACGCUCAUCGACGGAAUCAUGAAUUACGUGUACGGAGUGAAAUGGGAGGACGAUUUCCGUUUCAAACUGAUAAAAGAUGAAGCCGGUGAUGAGGAAAUAUCCCAAUCCCAUAGUCAGACCAAAUGGAUCACCGCAUAUGUCCUUCACAAGGAAAAAGGAUUCUCUCUUAACUAUACUUUGACAAUCAUCGAUACUCCAGGGUUUGGAGAUACUGCAGGAAUAGAAGAGGAUCACGAAUUGAUGAAUCAGAUCAGAAUAUUCUUCUCAAGUAAAGGGAAUAUCGGUAUAGAUCAACUUGACGGAAUCUGCUUUGUCGUUCAAUCCGCCUUGGUACGACUGACAUCCAUACAAAAGUACAUCUUCGAUUCCAUAUUGUCCGUAUUUGGAAACGACGUCAAAAACAGUUUCUACGUCCUCGCCACAUUCUCGGACAAUAAAACUCCACCUGUCCUGCAGGCCAUCAAGACUGCAAAAAUUCCCUACAAGGAGUACUUCAGGUUUAACAAUGUCGCUCUCUUUAUAGACACUGAAGAAGAAGAUUGCGAACUUUGGAAGACGUACUGGGAAAUGGGUUUGGGAAGACUUGAAAAUAUGAGGCAAGAACAUGCAGCCUUGAGAGAGCAUGAGGCAGAUCUUGAAGCCAAUAAGAACUUUUCAUACAAAGUCAAGUUUCAGAAACAGUUGAAGGUAAACCUGACUGUUGGCGAAUAUGUUACAAAUUGCCUGAAAUGUAAUUCUACCUGCCACUAUCCUUGCACUGUGCCAAAUGAAGACCGUAAAGGCGACUGUGACGUAGUGGAUUUUCAGACCGGUAAGUGCAUGGUCUGUCCCCUGAAUUGCCACUGGAAGGAACACUUCAAUAAUACGUACCGCUUCGAUAUUACGGAGGAAGAGGUGACAAAAACCUCAGAUGACUUGAAAGAAAAGUAUACGCGAGCAACAGGGAAAAGGCAAAGUGCCCAGGGGAUUGUGAAGCAGCUCAUAAACGAAUUCAACCAAGAAAGAGCGAAAGUUCUAGAAUUAACCACCAAAGCACACCGUUGUUUGCAGAGACUCGACGAAAUAGCCUUGAAACCGAAUCCAUUGGGAGUUACUGAAUACAUAGACUUAUUGAUAGAGGCUGAGAGUCGAAAUGCCUCUCCUGGCUUCUCCCAGAGGAUUAAAUACCUGCAAGAUACCCGAGGCAAGGCGGAUUUAGCCGCGAAACUUAAGGGUGAAUUCGACCCUUUCCACGAAUACAUGAGGGAAUUUGAGAAAGAGGGUUUCAACAUAUCCAUAUUUGACCCUGAUGCCGAUGUCAACGACGUUCCUGAGCCGCUAGCCACAUCCCCAGAACAUGGACGUCCAAAGGAACAGAUGGAGAGGGAGACUGUGGAGUUGAAGAACCAGAUUUGAGAAGACGUUCGUUCUGGGGAGUCUUGCCUGAAUGAGUCGUCACAGAGAGAAUAUAGCCAUGGACUGGCUACAGAUGUUUUGCACCCCUAAUAAAUGAUGAUUCCAAUGAUAUUCCACAAUGGAAGUUGCUUCCCAUUCGCCGCAAUAACGACGUGUUAUUAUUAAGAGAGGAUUGAUUUCAGCGUAUAAAUGUUACAAUAACAGGGCUGUAUAUGGUGGUAAACAAGCUGUGGCAAUGUCGAAAUGAGCCAAAAUUGCAAAAUUGAAAACGCGCUCAUAUGUCACG